AUGUCCGACCCAAUGGACACCAGAAGACUUGCUCUUCGCAGCCAUCCGCCCAAUGAUAACUGUGGUGAAGAGGACAAAGAGGUUAUCGUCAUCAGCCAGAACGAAGCUCACGACCAUAACGACCCCAAUCUCCACCGUGAAGUCAACGACCAUGACAGGACCGGUGGCCAUGCUGAAAACAAUGACCAUGAUGAAGGGAAUGAACAGACCGAGACCAACGAGAGCCUGGAAGCCCUCAUCUUGGAUCUUGAGGCCGAUGAUGGCGAGGAAAAAGAUCCAGAGGUUCUCACAAUCGGGCCUGGUGAAGAACGGCCGGUCGCACCUCAGCUGCUGCAAACGAGCCUCAGCCUGGGUCUCACGGACAUCGAGGUGAUCAAUCGCCGCAAAAAGUAUGGCUGGAACCGCUUGAAAGAGGAGAAGAGAAACCUGUUCAUCAAGUUUUUCAACUUCUUUGUCGGCCCCGUCCAAUUCGUCAUGGAGGGUGCGGCUCUCCUCGCAGCUGGUCUCAAGGACUGGAUCGAUUUCGGCGUCAUCUGUGCCCUGCUUGGAUUGAAUGCAGUGGUCGGGUUCUGCCAGGAGUUCCAUGCGGGCAACAUCGUCGAGAAUCUCAAGAAGACACUUGCACUGAAGGCGACCGUCAUCCGCAACGGCAAAGCGAAGGAAAUUGGCACCGAGGAGGUUGUUCCAGGGGAUAUAGUUCGUCUGGAAGAUGGCACGAUCGUCCCAGCCGAUGGGGUCAUUGCCUCGGAAGAUGCCCACCUCCAAGUUGACCAAUCUUCGAUCACCGGAGAGUCUCUCGCUGUCGACAAGCACAAGAACGAUAUCUGCUUUGCGUCGUCCACUGUCAAGCGUGGGUCGGCGCUGAUGAUCGUCACUGCCACCGGGGACAAUACCUUCGUGGGCCGUGCUGCAGCGCUAGUCACUCAGGCGUCAGCCGGUACUGGUCACUUCACUCUGGUCCUGAACCGGAUUGGAACUAUUCUUCUGGUCCUGGUGGUCUUUACCCUGCUGGUUGUGUGGAUCGCCGCCUACUACCGGUCGGACCCUAUCGUUCACAUCCUGGAGUUCACUCUGGCAGUCACCAUUGUUGGUGUGCCAGUGGGAUUGCCAGCAGUUGUCACUACGACCAUGGCUGUGGGAGCAUCCUAUCUGGCCAAGCGGAAAGCAAUUGUGCAGAGACUCUCCGCCAUUGAGUCGCUGGCAGGUGUCCAUAUCCUCGCCUCUGACAAGACAGGCACGUUGACACGCAACAAGCUCACGCUGGGGGAGCCCUAUACUGCUCCUAAUGUCAGUCGUGAGGAGCUCAUGCUAACGGCCUGUCUGGCCGCAAGCCGAAAGAAGAAGGGCAUCGAUGCCAUCGACAAGGUCUUCAUCAAAGGUCUGCGGGGCUAUCCUGAGGCGAUGGCCAAGCUCGUUUCUUUCAAAACCCUAGAGUUCUUCCCGUUUGAUCCGGUGUCCAAGAAGGUGACCGCCGUUGUGGAAUCUCCCGAGGGAGAGCAAAUUGUGUGUGUGAAAGGCGCUCCCAUGGCUGUUUUGAGGACUGUCGAGGAGGACCACCCAGUGCCCGAGGAAAUUGAUGCCGCAUACCGUGAAAAGGUCACCGACUUUGCCAGCCGUGGAUUCCGUGCCCUUGGAGUUGCCCGCAAGUGUGGCGAUAACGAUUGGGAGAUUCUUGGAAUUAUGCCCUGCUCCGACCCUCCUCGCCAUGAUACCGCGAAGACCAUCAGUGAGGCUAAGAGUCUGGGUCUUUCCAUCAAGAUGCUGACCGGUGAUGCGGUGGGCAUUGCUCGCGAGACUGCCCGCCAGCUUGGAUUGGGUACCAACAUCUACAAUGCUGAACGUCUUGGCGUCACCGGUGGUGGCACGAUGCCUGGAUCUGAGGUCAACGACUUUGUCGAGGCUGCCGAUGGGUUUGCCGAGGUGUAUCCCCAGCACAAGUACAGCGUGGUGGAGAUUCUCCAGAAGCGAGGCCACCUGGUGGCAAUGACGGGAGAUGGUGUCAACGAUGCCCCCUCGCUCAAAAAGGCUGACACGGGAAUUGCUGUCGAAGGCGCAUCGGAUGCUGCGCGCUCGGCUGCCGACAUUGUUUUCCUUGCCCCUGGACUGUCUGCCAUCAUUGACGCGAUCAAGACAUCCCGCCAGAUUUUCCACCGUAUGUACGCUUAUGUGGUGUAUCGCAUUGCCCUGUCCCUGCACCUCGAGCUGUUCCUGGGGCUCUGGAUUGUCGCUAUGAAUGAAACGCUUGACCUGCGACUGGUUGUUCUGCUGGCCAUCUUCGCCGACAUUGCCACUCUGGCCAUUGCCUAUGACAAUGCGCCAUAUUCAUCUUCUCCAGUGAAGUGGAACCAGCCCAAGCUCUGGGGAAUUGCGCUUAUUCUGGGUAUGAUUCUCGCUGCCGGAACGUGGAUUGCAUUUGGCACCAUGCUAUUGCAGGGCGACCAGGGAGGUGUUGUGCAGAACUAUGGGUCUCGCGACUCCGUGUUGUUCCUUGAAAUCGCACUCACGCAAAACUGGCUAAUCUUUGCUACCCGCACCACUGGCCCUUUCUGGUCCUCGUUCCCGUCUCUCCAGCUCACCGCCGCUGUGGGUUUGGUCGAUGUUGCCGCAACACUUAUCUGCGUGUUUGGUGUCUUUGCUGACAGGCCCACAUCCAUCGUGGCCGCAGUUCGCGUGUGGGUGUUCUCCUUUGGCGUGUGGGUUGUCUGUGCGGUGGUGUACACGCUCCUGCAGAACUCGACUGGCUUCGAUGACCUGAUGCAUGGCCGAAGCCCUCGCAGCAAGGCCCGAGAGCGAUCGUGGGAGGACUUUGUGGUUUCCCUUCAGCGAGUCGCCACGCAGCACGAGAAGACUGCCUAG